GUACUCCAUUUUUUUUUUUUUUUUUUCUGUUCCAAGAAAAGAGGAACAGAAACCGUUCGAUCGAUGGCGGUUCCGUCCGGUUUGAAACCGAUGGGGCACCUCUACCUUUUCGUAGCAGCACUCGACCCACACCCAUCUUCUUAUGCUUUCUUGUUUAUUUAUUUAAUUUUCGUUCUUCUUCUUAGCCCCGCUUCUCAGCCGAAGAGGAUCUACUGCUUUAGUAUUUAUUAAUUUAUUUUUAUUUUUAUCCUCCAAGGUUGCAGUGGGAUGACGGCUUCAAAUCAAGAAUUUGUGUUGUGUUGCAGAUAUACCGCUGCCGUUGGAUAAACUCUCCUUGGGAUGCAUCGAAAGAGAUGGAUUGUCUAGUCCUCAAUGGAAGGGAAAGAAAUGUGUAGUUUUACUGUCAACCGGAAGUUUUAACCCGCCUACGUACAUGCACCUGCGGUGUUUCGAGUUGGCGAGAGAUGCUUUGCGCGCUCGAGAGUUAAUUGUUGUUGGAGGUUACAUGUCGCCCGUAAAUGAUGCGUACAAGAAGAAGGGUUUAGUAGAAGCUAAACAUCGGAUUGCUAUGUGUAAACUUGCUUGCAAAAGUUCUGAUUUCAUUAUGGUAGAUUCAUGGGAGGCAAGUCAAAGCAGCUACCAACGCACAUUGACAGUUCUAUCUCGAGUUAAAACCUUGUUGGGCGAGAGAGCAAAUGUGUCCAUUGAGUCGCUUAAAGUUAUGCUUGUAUGCGGUUCUGACCUGUUAGAAUCAUUCAAUAUUCCCGGAGUUUGGAACCGUGAGCAGGUCAAGACUAUUUGUAGUGAUUUUGGGUUGGUUUGUAUUCGGAGAAGCGGCCAAGAUGUGGAGAAUAUCAUAUCUAAGGAUGAUGUUUUGAAUGAACACAAGGAGAACAUCCUAGUGAUCGAUGAAGUGGUUCCAAACGGUGUAAGUUCAACCGGAUUGAGGGACUCUAUUUCAAGAGGGUUGUCUGUCAAGUACUUGACGGCAGAUGGGGUAAUCGAUUACAUCAGAGAACAUGGUUUAUACAUAACACACCGCGGCUGAGCCCCCCGCCGGUUAGUAACACACUGAGCUCUUUUCAUGCUGUAAAAUAAAUUAUUGCAUAGUAUAAUAAAUUAUUGGCAAUUUUUACCUAAAUAUAUAUGUCCUUUCAGGUUGUUUUGAUUGAUAAUAUGAUAUAAAUUCAUAUGACAUAGCAGUGGUUGAUGUUUUGUCUAUCAUUUUCUCAAUUCUUCAACAGCUUGUAAGUUGAAAUUUGGUUCAGUAACUUUUACAUGGAAAGGGUAUCCAAACAAUAUUAUUAAAUUUAAUCUUGUGAAUUA